CAAACGUCGGAUUCCUUGAGGAGCUCCAGAUCGUCGCUGCCAUGCCGGGAUACGAAGCCGAGGAGACCAUCAAGCGUAUCAAGAGCCACAAGGGCGUGCAAGCCGUACUCAUUGUCAACCAGGAGGGUGUACCCAUCUACUCGAGCACGAACGAUGACGAGUUCGCUAUGGACCAUGCGGCGCUCAUCUCGCAGCUGGCGGCCAAGGCCAAGUCCACGAUCCGCACUUUGGACCCCACGAACGACAUGACUUUUCUCCGUAUUCGGUCCAAGAAGCAUGAGAUUAUGAUCGCCCCUGACAAAGACUACGCACUUAUCGUGAUUCAGAAUCCGAAUCCUGGCGCAGAGCACGACACGACCGACAGUAACUGAGCGUCGGUGAGCAGGUUUUAGUCUCCAUGUAGGACUAUGCAUAGUAAUAAAUCCUCAUUGACCAAAA